AUGCCGCAUCUGAAGCUUCGAGAUGGAGCCGAGCUCUUUUACAAGGAUUGGGGCAACCCGAAUGGGGACAUCGUGACCUUCUCACAUGGUUGGCCAUUGAGCAGUGACAACUGGGAGAAUCAAAUGGUCUUUCUGGCCGACCAUGGUUAUCGUGUAAUUGCACACGAUCGACGCGGCCACGGUCGCUCCACUCAGACUUGGGAAGGCAAUAACAUGGACACCUUUGUCGACGAUCUCCAGGAGCUUUUCGAGCAUCUGGACGUGCGCAACGCGAUGAUGGUGGGUCACUCGCAUGGGGGCGGCGAAGUCACCCACUACCUUGGCAAACAUGGUACGAGCCGCUUCAAGAAGGCCGUUCUUGUUGGCGCCGUCCCACCCCUGAUGGUCAAGACCGCAGCCAACAAAGAGGGCACCGAUAAGUCUGUCUUCGACUCGUUCAGACAGGCCAUGCACAAAGAUCGCGCUCAAUUCUUCCUUGAUGUCCCUAGUGGGCCGUUCUUUGGAUUCAAUCGGCCCGGGGCUCAGAAGAGCGAGGGCCAAAUCCGCCACUGGUGGCAGCAGGGAAUGAAUUCUAGCUUCAAGACGACCUACGACUGCAUCCGGGACUUCUCUGAGACCGAUUUUACCGAGGAUCUCAAGAGCAUUAACAUUCCCGUUCUCGUUCUGCAUGGAGACGAUGACCAGGUGGUUCCGUUCGAAGCGUCCGGGGCCAAGUCAUCAAAGCUCUUGCCUCAGGGAAAGCUCAAGGUCUACCCGGGAGGCUCUCACGGAAUCCACAACAUCAACGUCGAUGAAGUGAACAAAGACCUCCUCGACUUUCUGCGUUCUUAA